AUGAACAAGAAUUGGAUUGAUUUGCCAAAUCGGAUGUCAGUUGGUUACGUAAAUGGAAUUGAUAACUUCUUGAGAUUUGCAUACAACAAUAGAGAUGAAAGAUCAUCGAUUAGUUGUCCGUGUCAAUUUUGUAGUAAUCGAUACAAUUUUUCACUAGAGGUUGUAAAUGAGCAUCUUAUUUCCAAUGGGUUCGUAAAAAAGUACAAAAAUUGGAUUCAUUAUUGGGAAUCCUAUGUUCAAUUACAUGGUAACCAAGAAAACCAAACAUUAAUGGUGGAUUCAGCGACUAGAGAUGAUGUGAUUGGAAUGGUACAAGAGGCCUUGGGAAUUCCAUAUAUGGGUGUUGAGAAUGAUGAACCAACUACAAGUGAUCCAGCCCAAGCAGGGGUAAGUGAUCCAAACCAUGUGGAAGAAGAUGAUUCGGUUCGAAUAGGGGCAAAUGACGAAACUUUGAAAUAUUUUAAACUUUUGGAAGAUGCACAAACUGAUCUAUACCUGGGGUGUCACAAGUUUACUUCAUUAUCAUUCAUUGUUCGAAUUUUGCAUGUGAAGGUGCUCAAUCAAUGGACCGACAAAUCCGUUGACAUGUUACUUGAGCUUUUGAAUAAGGCUUUUCCUAUGAGCACAAAACUUCCAAGUUUAUAUUAUCAAGCUCAGAAGGUUACUAAAGAUUUGGGUUUCACAUUUGAGGCUUUUGAUGCUUUCCCUAAUAGUUGUAUGUUGUUUAGAAAAGAGGAUGCAAAGCUUGAUAAAUGUCUUAUAUGUAGUGGUUCUAGAUGGAAACAAAAUGGUCGUGUUAGAAAUGAUGAAAGGGAAUCUGGUAAACGGGUAGCAGCAAAACUGAUAAGGUAUUUCCCUUUAAAGCCAAGGUUACAAAGGUUGUUUAUGUCAUGGAAAAUGGCAAAGCUCAUGCGAUGGCAUGCAGAAGAACGGGGUUAA